AUGCUUGGGGCGCGUAUAUUCAAGUGCGGUCCUGAAGCGAGAUUCCUGCUGUCGAAAGUGAACCCGUCGCAGACACACAACAACAUGUACGCGUACGGCGGGGCGAUGCCGAUACCAUCUGCGGAUGGCGGCGCGCCCGUUCUGACGGACGACGUGUCGCUCCAGGUCUUCAUGGAGCACCUGAAGAAGUUGGCCGUGUCCUCCACGGCC